GUUGGCCUUUCUCGAACAAGAGAAGCUUCAGCGAGACAGAGCAGAAGAAGACUGCGUGCCCGCGCAUACCUGCGCAACUAGUUCGGCUCUGCGGGCGACGGCGACGACGACGGCCGGCCGAGGGAUGGCAAGGGAAAGUGCGUGGCAUCGUCUCGACAAGCGCAUCGAUGCCAUCGAGCAUGCGUUCGAGAAGCUCUCCGAGGUCGUGCUCUUGGAGCUUGAUGAAGUCAAGGCGGCAGCAGCCCACGACCAGGACAAGAUUGCGGCCCGGUUCCGCGCCCAUGACCGGCUCUUGGCCGUGCUCGAGAAGCAGUGCAACCGCGUCGAGUCCAAGAGCCUCCAGCUUGAGCUCGUAUUAGAAAAGAAGGUCGAGGGCAUCCAAGCCCAAUUGACGCGGGUCUCGGUGGCCGUCAUCGAGAACGAAGCCGAGCGACAGCGCCUGAGUGCGCAUGUCGAUGGGCUCAUGGUCCGCGAAGGCGACGGUAUCCGCAAGCUCCAUGCGCUCCAAGCCAACUUGGAUCAAAUGGGCGAGUGGCUCCAGCGACUCAAGGAGGACUCGACCGUCGUCCACGCCGCUGUCCACUCCAUGAAUGCAGACCACUCGGCGGCCAUCCAGUCGCUGACUGCCGACACAACCAAUCUCGCCAAAGAGCUCGGCACGCUCCGGGCGCAGAGCAAGGCCCAGUCCGCCGACUGCUUGGCCAAGCUCAACGCGUUCUCUGGCUCGCUCGAGCGGCAGCGCGAACUCGACCGAUCGCAUUGCGAGCACGAAAUCGCCGUCUUGCGGGAGGCGCUGCAGACGACGGACGCCACGUGCCGCACGGCUGUCGAUGGUUUGCUCAAGAAUGCGUCCCGCGUGCGCAAUGCUUUGGACGAAGGCAUGUCCGUGUGCUCGACCGACGUGCGCCUCUUGCGCGAGGAAGUCCGCACCACGAGCACCGACGUCCGAGGCUCCGUGACCACCUUUGGCCGCCAGCUGCAUGAAAUGCAAGACAAGGUCAGCCAUCUUCUACAUGCAGUGCAGUCGCUCGCGGGUAUUCUGCACCUCACGACGCCACUAUGACCUUGCGCCUGCCUGCCCUUUCUGGGUUGCUGCAGAUAUUGUAUCAAAUGCUAGAGGUUCCCGCCGUGGACAUUUUUAAAAUGCGGAUGUUUUAUAGGACGUUAAUUUCAUUUUUACCUCUGA